AUGAAAAAGGAGCAGAAGGAAACAAGGGAGUGUUACAACAUGUCCCUCAGCACAGCUGCAAAUCCACAAGAGCCUAUGGCGAUGGUGGUACAUGGAGGCACAACCCCACAAAAGCUAGACCCUCGAGUCGCAGAGCAGCCCAGGGCUGAACCGGUGGAGUCGUUGGAAGAGAUUGCUGUAAUGGAGGAACCAUUGAGAAAAUUAAAGGUAGGAAAAAACUUUCAAGGUGACAUAAAGGAGAAGUUAAUAAAGUUUCUAAAGGACAACCUUGAUGUAUUCGCGUGGAGUCACAAAGACAUGGUUGGGAUAGACCCUUCCAUCAUGUGCCAUCACCUAAAUAUCGACCCCGAGGCAAGACCAGUGAGGCAGAAGAGGCGAGCACUUAAUCUAGAGAGAUAUGCAGCCCUGAAGGAGGAAGUUGACAAAUUGAAAGUGAAUGGAAUCAUCUGCGAAGCAUUCUACCCGGUAUGGGUAUCGAACCCUGUACUAGUCCCAAAGCCAAAUAGAAAGUGGAGGACUUGUGUGGACUUCACUAUCCUUAAUAUUGCAUGUCCCAAGGAUAGCUUCCCACUUCCAUGGAUAGAUCAAUUGGUGGAUGAAAUAGUCGGGUAUUAA